CCUCCCCCUCCACCACUGCGCCUCCUCCACAUGAACCCUAACCCUAGCAGCUCCCCACGCCGCCGCCGUCUCCUUCGCCCAGCCCGCCUCCCUGCCCCGCCGCCGUCGAGGUCCAGCCCCCGCGGUCUUCCUCCUCGGCCUGCUCGUGGGUGCCGCGGUGCUCGUGGAGGCGCUGCAGAUCCCCGCCGACCGGGCAACGCUGGCGCUCGGGGCGCUGCGCUCGCCGCCGUGCUCCCCGGCGACGACGACGACCCUGCAACGGACGGAGCUGGGCGCCUCCCCACGGUCUUCCUCCUCGGCCUGCUCGUGGGUGCCGCGGUGCUUGCGGAGGCGCUGCAGAUCCCCGCCGACCAGGCAACGCUGGCGCUCGGGGCGCUCGCCGCCGUGCUCCCCGGCGACAACGACGACCCCGCAACGGACGGAGCUAGGCGCCUCCCCGCCCCCAUCUGUCUACUCCGUGCAGGCCAGCUACGCCCAUCCUGGAGGCCGACAUGCCCUCUCCGGCCGAAAUCCCCUUGCCCUGGCCCUGCUCGCUACAUGGUGCUGAACAUUCAACCAAGGAGGGGUGGUGCCUCUUCUCCGGCCUGUGCAUACCAUCCCCAACGCCAACAUCAAAGAGGGAUGAUGUGAAGGGGGCGGCGGCCCGCUGGAACUGGAGGACCAGCACCGAGGGCCUGCCGCGCGGGAUCGUCGAGACCAGCUCCGACAUGUUCCUCCGCCCGCUCUGGGACUCAACCGCCAAGCACACCAACACCAAGGGCAGGGCAGACAACAUGUGCCGUCAACCGUUGAGAGUUCAGCUGUCACCAAAUGAGCAGCUUGCUGUUGAAGAAACCUUCAAGUUGUACUUGAUGUUUCAAUCUUAUAAUUGCAGGUGUAUUCACCUCAUCAUACCAUCGGUUCUAAUCAAGGCCACAGUCACUACCCGGAAGGAGAUGUCGGGGUUGUUAUUGACUGGGAGGAGGCAAGGAGCAGGAGGCAGCAUGGGAGGCAGUAGGAGAGCUUGUAGAUGGUGCCUCACCAGUUGGACGGCGUUCAGGCGCAACCCCGACACGCACUGACUACUGCCUCGGCUACAACCUCCCUCGGUUAGCUCCAUCUUCCUUUUGCUCCUCUGCUUCGGCUACUGUUUGGGACAUGGCCGUGGCUAUAUUGAUGUGGUGCUCAUCUGGUUGAUGCUCUAUGCCCUACUCAUGCAUCGGUUCCUACUUGAGCUCUGUAGUUGUGGAUCCAUGCUAUCUUAGGGUUUACAGGCUGCUGUUCAUGUUUAGUUGCUAUCAUAGGAGCUCAUGUGAUACUCUGGUUACAUGUGGAUGUCCUGGUCCUAUAGCUAUGCUCCUGGAUUUGCUAGAUUGAUCGGUAGUGUUCAUGCUAGGGUGAUGAUGAUUAGCCGUUGCUGAAAUAAGUGUGCCUUUGAGCAAUCGAGACACCUGUGGGUAUCAAGUUGGAUCCUCCCUCUUAUCUCUAUAAUCCUUUUUGAACGUGUGAUAUUUGUUGUUGUCCUUGGAUGGUCAUUCUUGUUGAGUGAUAACCAGGGCAGCUCUACUGUAUCAACAGAUUGAUCUGGUGAUAAGAGAUGACAUGAGUAUGUUAUAUGAUCGAGGAAAGGCGAAUCUGAGCCCACUGUGCAAUUAACCCUGAAACCUUUAUUUUUGUAUUUAAACGUGUUGCUUAUCCACAUCAAGAAAUAAGAGAUGGAUGUUCCACCGAGCCUCCUCAGAGCUCAGCGAUUCUCGGCCGUUGGAUCAUUUCCCUUGAUGCGUUUUCACUCGUUGGAUCGAGAUCUGGAGAAGGCUGGGCUGUUGGAUCUGGGAUCAACACUGCUGGAAUGAAUAGUUUCACUCCAUCCAUGCCACCGCGGGACGGUGCAAACCUAGCUGCCGCCUCCUCUCUCGCUUGCUCCUGCAGCCGUCUCCCUCCCUCCCAUGCAGGUGGCUCCCACCAGCCACGGCGACGGUGGCAGCGGCCACGGAGGAGGGCGGCAGAUCAACGCCGCCAGCGAUGGCGUCCGUGGCGGCUAUGCAAUGAACCCUGAACCAGUUUUUUAUUUGUAUUUAAAGGUGUUGCUUAUUUAUGCUCAAGUGGUGUUCGUGCUAGGGCGAUGAUGAUUACCUGGGUGGAAUUAGUGUGCCUUUGAGCAAUCGAGGAACCUGUGGGUAUCAAGUUGGAUCCUCCCUCUUGUCUCUAGAAUCCUUUUGGGUCAUGUGAUACUUGUUGUUGUCCUUGGAUGGUCAUUCUUGUUGAGUGAUAACCAGGACAGCUCUACUGUAUAAACAGAUUGAUCUAGUGAUAAGAGAUGACAGUGGUAGGUUAUAUGAUCGAGGAAAGGGGAAUCUGAGCCAACUAUGCAAUAAAACUUCAGCUACCUCCCCUAAUGUGUUUAGUAUUGAAGGAAAAAGAGAACUUUUCAUGUCUUGCUGCUUCAAAAUUCCAAAAAGGUUCAUUCUUCCUUUGCUGGUUACUUCACCAUGAUUUUUUGUUUUGCUUUCGUUCUGGUUGAGAUACUAAAGGUUGUUUACUAAAGGUUGUUUAUAUAUGAAAAUAAUAGACACUUGUAGUUUUGUAUGCCUCAACUGUGGCUUAGGAUCCAGUGUUGUAAUGCAUCCUUUGCCUAAUUAAAAAUAACUCUAAUUAAUAAUAGUGGUUCUUUCCUUCUGAUUACCUCUUCCUGUUUGUAUGAGGCGCCACCUCUCUUGUCAUCCUGGUCACUGCCUAGCCACUUUCUUCGAUCCAGAGGCUUGUGCCACUACAGGAUUUGAAUGGGGUUCAUUGUGUGAAACUGGACCCUGCACCGCUACUGUGAACUCAUCCAUGCUGACAGCCGGCUCCAUGCUACAACUGCUGCAGCCUGCAGGUAGCACCGCUACUAGAACUUAUAAUUCUAAGUGGAUGUGAAAUAGCAUGUUUUGUCUUGACACAAUGACACAGAGAAACUAUACUUCCCAUAGCGAACUUGGUAUUUUAAUUCACACAAGUUUCUGCGUACUGCUGAUUAAACCCAUACUUGUCAUAUGAAUAAAGUGAACAUCAAAAGGAAAUUUAUUUUUUCUUGCACCGAUAAUCAUUCAGUUAUUAUUUUGCAAUACAUGUCCCAUUCCUUUUACCCCCUCUGUAUAUUUUGUAGGGCGUUGAUGUCUCAAAGCAGUAGUGUACUGAGCGACAUGAGGUGAUCGUGCAGAGUUUGACAAAUUUGAAAUGCCGCAAUUUCAACACAUUAGUCACAUUAUUUAGUAUAGGCGUUGCUAUUUUGGUAUGCCAUGCCAAUUUUCUUUUAUCAAGAUUACUUCUUCCUUUAUAAAGUUCAUGUACAUUCCUUACCAUGAACGGUGGCGUCAUGGGGUAGUACAUCAUAAGAUACGUAACAGUUUGAGUUAUUUAUGUUGACUCUGCACUGAGACAUAUGGUUUAAAUCUUCACUUGGAGGACAGAUCUAUGGCCAAAUCCUGGAGCACAUGUAUCUGCUGAGCUCUUGCUGAUGUUUCUUAGAACCCCUUUUUUUAGCAAAAGUUGGUUUAAGAAUAUACAACUUAAGUUAUGAAUUGAAGAAUCACUUGCCUUCACAAGGGUGUUAAUGAAUUAGAGAAAUGACUAGCUACUUACGUGUUGAAUUAUGUCACUCCUUUUGUAGAAUAAACAAAUCAGAAAAUUAUAUAUGUUACCUUUCAUUUCGAAUGUUCCUAACCUUCGUGUUGUUACUUUUGAUUUGCAGUAUAUCUCGGUCAAUUUCACCGACAAAUAUCUCCGCUGCUAUAUUCGCCCAAAGCUUUAUGACUUGCUAAUAAAAUCUGCAGAUGGAAAUAUGUGUAUCAAAGCCCACCUCAUCAAAUGAGUUGACAACAGAAUAAACCAAAGGCUGGGCAUACUUCUUCCAUGCAGCUAAUAUGAAGGAAGGAAUAUAUAUGCCUUCGCCUUCAAGCGCUGCUACAGUCGCCUGCCUCUCACAAUGCACGCCCUCUGAAAAUCAUUUUCAAUCUACUUCGCCUUCUGAACAUAUGUUCAAUUAAUCUCAGGCAUCUCACUGUCCACGCCCUCUGAACAUAUGUUCAAUUGAUGUUCAGUCUACCAAUCUACCUAAAUAGCCUAUGAAUUUGUGUGUGUAUGGCCUCUACUAGAAACCUGUUUGCUUUUGGCACUAGACUCUGCUGGUCAUGUAUAAAUUUGGAAUACAUAAUGCUAUGUUAAAUUCGUCUAAGA